AUGGCGCUCACGGCGAAGACGCCGAAGACUCUACAGAGCACUUUUCUAAUACCUAGCAUUCACUGUCCAACUUGCGCCUCGUUUCUAAAUGAUUUCCUGUUCUCUCUGCGGCCUAAGCCAAUCGCCGUCGAUACUUCUAUUGUCUCACACAGCUUGACGGUACAACACCCUGCUUCGCUGAGUCCUCGGGCGAUUGCUAAAGCACUGGGAGAGGCCGGCUACGAAGUAGACACUCUUAUUAAAGAUCCAGCUAUCGGGGAGCUUCCACAAUAUACUCCGCGCAGCAGUGCUGACGACGACUUUCCGAUCAGAUGGCCUGCUUUUAUUAGCAAUUGGUUGAACGGGACCCGAAAAGUAUCGGAUCGAGAUACGUUGAGGAGGCAUCACGCGGAACACUGUCAGCAAUGUCGCCAACAAGAGCAUGAUACCACGCCUCCUACAGGCGAUGAAGCACUUUCGAUAGAUCCAAAGCCCCCCAAUUCCCUUGUCGUCAUCGACUCAGUGGCUCCCAAGAGCUUCAGGGCUUCGAUCACAAUCAACGGCAUGAGCUGCAGCUCUUGCGUCGGCAAGAUCACUUCUACACUUCAAGAAAUACCUUGGGUGAGAUCUGCCAAUGUAGCUUUGCUUACACAGAGUGCCAUAGUCGAGUACGAUGGCGAGCACGACCCGUCAAGCUUGAUCGAAGCCAUUGAAGACAGUGGCUACCAGGCGAAUAUCCAUCAGAUCGAAGAGACGACGAGAAAGCCCGCGGCACACGCUAGCAGCGGGCCAUGGAAAUUAUCCCUAGCUAUUGGAGGCAUGACAUGUAGUUCUUGUGUCGGUUCAAUUACUUCAUCACUCGAAUCACUGCCUUUUAUAAGAGAGGUCGAUGUCAACCUCGUCACCAGUAGCGCCACGGCAACGCUUAAUGAUGCUGAGGAAUUAGGGGGGCGUCCUGAAGAGAGUUCCCACAGGACGGUCAUGAUUCGUGUGGAUGGUGUUUAUUGUGAGCAUUGCCCGGCGCGGAUCAGAGAAGCCUUAGCUACGUUCGGCGAUCGGGUGGUGAUUGAAGGGGUCUCGACGCCUGAAGAUUCCAUCACGACAAUUUCUUAUCUUCCUAGUCCCCCUGAUUUCACAAUCCGCCAAAUUCUAGCCGCUAUCGCCGCCGCGGACUCGGAAUUCCAUCCUGAGAUCUAUCAUCUGCCCACAGUCGAAGAGCGAGCAAGAGAGAUGCACCAUCAGAUACGGCAGCACAUCCUUUUUAGGGUGAUUCUGUCCGUUAUCAUCGCUAUACCUUCGUUCAUUAUUGGUAUAGUCUACAUGGCGCUCAUACCGGAUGAUAACACCAGCAAGAUGUACCUCAUGGAACGCCUCCACGGGGUCACGCGCGCCGAGUGGUCCCUUUUCGUCAUGGCUACACCCAUUUAUUUCUUUGCGGCCGAUAUAUUUCAUCGACGUAUGAUGAAAGAACUAUACUCUUUAUGGCGGCCUAGCAGUCCCGUGCCGCUCCUACGUCGCUUCUAUAAGUUCGGAAGCAUGGAUUUGCUCAUGUCUUUCGGCACUACUAUUGCCUAUUUCGGAUCUAUCGCCGAGAUAAUCAUCGCAGCGAGUCAGAGCGACAAGGAAAAUAUGAUGCAAAAGAACAUGACAUACUUUGAUUCGGUCGUUUUUCUCACCAUGUUUCUCUUGAUUGGUCGACUACUUGAGGCAUGGAGCAAAGCGAAAACCGGGGAGGCGGUUUCCGAACUGGGAAAUCUCAGACCAAAACAAGCUCUUCUUCUAACCUCCACAGAGAAGGAUGACGAGGGAGAAGACUAUGAGAGCGUUAGCAUCGACUUAGUGGAGACAGGUGCUGUGGUUAGAGUUAUUCACGGUGGCUCUCCACCUUGGGAUGGCGUUCUGCUUAGUCAAGAAGCUGAGUUUUCCGAAGCCAGCUUAACGGGCGAAUCUCGACCAGUUCGGAAAACCUCCGGGGACGAGAUCUUCUCGGGUACGGUGAAUAAUGGUGGCCCGAUAUCCAUGCGCAUUACGGGUGCUUCGGGAAAUUCCAUGUUAAACCAGAUUAUCAAGGUUGUACGAGAGGGUCAAGCGCGACGGGCUCCGAUAGAAAGAAUCGCCGACACUCUCACAAGCUACUUUGUGCCUGUAGUUACGCUGAUAGCUGUUGCUACAUGGCUGGUUUGGCUGAGCCUUGGCCUCUCAGGAAGGCUGCCUGGCGACUAUCUCGACGCUCCCGUAGGUGGCUGGCCGUUCUGGUCUCUCCAAUUUGCUAUCGCCGUCCUCAUCGUCGCUUGCCCCUGUGGUAUUGGUCUUGCCGCACCAACAGCACUGUUUGUGGGAGGUGGCCUGGCUGCCAAGUAUGGAAUCCUCGCCAAGGGCGGUGGUGAGGCGUUCCAAGAAGCCAGCAACAUCGAUAUUAUUGUGUUUGACAAGACUGGCACACUGACAGAAGGAGGGGAGCCGAGAUUGACCGAUCAUGAGUUCCUUCCAUCAAGUUCUGACGGUUGGAAGGAAAAGGUCGUGCUUGCUUGUCUAAAUGAGAUUGAGUCCAACAGUAGUCACCCGAUUGCCAAGGCUACUGUUGCUUUCUGUGAAGACAGGGGCGCGAAAAGGACUAGGUCUCUAAAUAUUAAAGAAGUCCCUGGCAAAGGAAUGACGGCUACAUUCGAUUUGGGAUCGAAGCUCUCGACUAUCGAAAUGCUUGUUGGCAACGAGAGGUUAAUGGAGGACUUUGCUGUGUCGAUCGCGCCUACGACUCUGGAAACUCUUAAUAAGUGGAAGGAUGAAGCCAAAUCUAUCGUAUUAGUUGCGGGACGCUCUUUGUACUCGCCCGAGCCUACUGCUUGGAGGAUGCUGGCCAUCUUCGCAGCUGCUGAUCCAUUGCGACCAGAGACGAAGUCUGUCCUUACAGCACUUCGUCGGCAAGGCAAAGAUAUCUGGAUGUUAUCUGGCGACAACCAGAAGACUGCCAACGCCGUUGGUGCUCUUGUUGGCAUCGAUCCUGAUCAUAUCAUUGCUGGAGUCUUGCCAGAGCAGAAAGCGGACAAGAUCAGCUACCUCCAAAAGAGCCAAGCACGACCCAGUCCGCGAUUUUCUCCUUUCGCAAAAGGUACUACCAAAUCUAGGGCCAUAGUUGCCAUGGUAGGAGACGGCGUUAAUGACUCUCCGGCUCUGACUAUGGCCGACGUUGGUAUUGCUAUUGGCUCAGGAUCCGAUGUUGCUAUAUCUGCCGCUGAAUUCGUCCUCGUCAAUGCGAAUCUCAACACAUUGCUCAUUCUGACUAGCCUUAGCCGAGCGGUAUUCCGACGAGUCAAAUUCAACUUCGCUUGGGCUCUGGUCUAUAAUCUAGUUGCCCUACCCAUUGCCGCGGGAGUUCUAUACCCCGUAGUUGUGAAUGGUUCGCAUACAAGGCUAGAUCCUGUCUGGGCUAGUUCAGCUAUGGCUCUUAGUAGCGUGAGUGUAAUCUGCAGCAGUCUAUUUCUGAAGAGUAGGCUGCCAUUCAUUGGUUUUAGGACUAGUAAAGCUUUAGAAGAGAGCAUUUGA